AUGGCGUAUAGAGUGAUGCUACCAGUUCCUCCCUCCCCCUUCUCAAUCAUCCAAAUCGCAAACUCUGCCGCCGCCCUCUCCACCAACCAAGGCAGUUCGUUCGUCCAGCGCCAUGGCUGCCCGCAAGCGAGACCUGCUGCCGUCCUCGACGCCGGCCACGGCCACGCAGCGGCUCAACAUCAACAAUCGCCGACGUGCUGCAAGAGGAGCCGCGCCUCCAUCGGGACCACCGACGACUACGAGAAGGUGGCCCGCCUAGGCAAAGGCGGCUUCGGCGUCGUCCUCAGGAUGCGCCACCGCGUCACCAAAAAGAACGUGGCCAUCAAGUUCCUCUCCUCCCCCGACGUCGAAGAUCUUGAGCGGGAGGCACGAUUCCUCGAGGCCUGCGACGGAAACCCUUACGUCGUCGGCUUCGAGGGCCUGGUGUGCGAUCCGGCCACCGGCGACACCGCCGGCCUCGUCAUGGAGUACGUCGAGGCGUCGAGCCUCCACUCUUUAUUGUGGGACAGGCGCAGCGACCCGCCGCUCCCAGAAUCCACGGUGCGCGACUUCAUGUGGAAGCUCCUGACCGGCGCCGAAAAGAUGCACGCGCACGAGCGCCACAUCGUCCACCGCGACAUCAAGCCUGGCAACAUCCUCGUCGGGAAAAACGGGGAGCUCGUCAAGAUUUGCGACCUCGGGCUGGCCAUGUCCAUGUCCGACUGGCCACCGUACAACAGGGCCGGCACGACGUCCUACAUGGCGCCCGAGAUGAUCCUUGGCAAGAAGGACUACGACGCGCAAGUGGACACGUGGUCCAUCGGCUGCGUCUUUGCCGAACUGCUCACCGGCAAGACGAUGUUCAAGGGCUACCUCGAAGAUGACGACGAAGACAAGACAAAGAAUGACAUAAGGCAGCUGUGGAGCAUCUUCUGUGUGCUCGGGAUGCCGGACGAGAGCACGUGGCCAGGGUUCACCUCGCUGCCGCUCACCGCCGAGGCGCUGCGACGGCUGCCGGCGGGGUGCAAGUACAGCCGGCUGCGGUAUUCUUUCCCUGAAGACAAGCUAUCCGAGGAAGGAUUUCAGGUGUUGCAAGGGCUCCUCACAUGCAACCCCGAGAAGCGGCUGACGGCAGCCGCCGCGCUGAAGCACCCAUGGUUCGAUGCUCCUCGUUCCGCCGCCGGCGCCGCUGCGAAGGUCGACGCUCUGUCGUUUCCCAAAAAGAAGGCACCAAGGAUCAAGUUCAUCCCACCGGCCAUUCCCCAGAAGAAUCUACUCAAAAUCCCGCUCGCCGUGUGGAACGCAGCGUAACAAGUGUAAUUAGACUCUCUGGAUGUAAAUGAGCCAUCUAUGAGCCAUCAAGUAGAACUUGAUCGCCGGAUCGCCCAUUAGUGUUGGCUUGCUUUUCUGAAUUCUAUGUGUCAUUGUGCACAUGUUCAGAGAAUCAGAGAUGUGUAAUUGUAAGGUUGUGUUCAGAGAUUCAUUACAGUGCUGACAUAUGUUGUUUACAUGGCCAGUUGUUAUUGAGUUAUACUGCACAAUUUGUG